AUGCGCAAGGCAGGGCCUACCGAUGGGGGCGGCGCGAAGGAUGCGGGCGGCGCAAAGGAUGGAAGCGGUGGCAGGGUAACGUUGCCGUGCGGCUACCGCCUUGCGUCCGGCACGCGCGUGGCCAAGCGACCCAGGGGCGUGCGGCACAGGCGCGUCGACUAUAAACCCGUGCUCCUGCGCUCCGGGUUCAUAGACGAGAGGGAGGCGAUUGCCCUGGAUGCGCUGGAGAUGAUGUCCAAGACCGCCGCGCUCGAGCUGGGGAAUGGACCCAAGGCCCACCGGGAGAGGCCGCGGGCGGCGAGCGAAGCCCUGAGGGCCGCCUCCACGAGGAGAGGCGUCGCCAACGCGCAGCAAAGUGCAGGUGAGGCCAACGCCGUGUCCAGGCGAAAGGUGACGAGCGAGCGCGAGACGGCUAGGAGCAGGGAAGAGCCAAGGCUGCCCGCGCUGCUCAGGCGGCUUCUGCUGCUUGCUGACCCUCCUGAUGGACCGCCACAGCCGCUGCGGAUAGAGCGCAUGGCGGAGGAGUUGGGAGUGGCGCCCCGGCGCCUGCACAAUGUAAUCAGCGUCCUGGAGUCCCUCCAGAUCAUUUCGCGCACAGGGUGGAUGACCUAUGAAUGGCGUGGCGCUGGAGACCUUUCAUCAGUGCUGGAGACUCUAGUGGCAGAAGGGGAAAGAAACGGCGACCUCAGCAACCCGCCAUGUGCCAUUCCCCCAAGGCACCCCCCCCAUCAUGAGGGACUGUCCCACUGGACAGCCAGCAGGAGAUUCCUGAGGUUGCUCCUUACGGACCAGAAACCCAUUUCCAUCCCAGAGGCAGCAAAGUAUCUUUGCUGUUCAGUGGGGCUGGGCCCUGAGGCAGUCAGAAGAGUGGAGGAGCAGCUGGUUGAAGUCACGUGCAUACUCACUGAGCUUGGUCUGGUGAAAAAAUGCUCAAGGACCCGCUGCAGUGUAUACAAGUGGAUUGGAUUUCCAGAGCAGAAAAGCACCAAGCGGACCAAAAAGAAUGGUCCCAGGGAGGCGAUCAGUGCAGAGACCACAGGUACCAAAGUCAUUGAAGCAUCGCGCAGUGACAGGGUCUCAGGGACUGCUGCAAAGCUGGGCUCACAAGCUCACAGCGUCAGCGGCAAUGGGCAGAUGGCUUCUGUUCCUGUGGGAUAUGCACCGUUUCACAUCUUCCCAAGCUUGCUGACCCCAGCUGUUGUUGGCCAGGCCUCCCAGGCAUCUGCCCCUGGUGCCAUGAACCAGAGGUUGCACAACUCGCCAACAUUUGGCAGGUUAGGGUACACGAAUGUGUUGCCUGUUUCUGCGAACAGCAGUGCACCCAGUGCGCAAAGGGCAGGCAUCAACCCAUGUGCUGUGGGUGUCUCUGCCUUUGCGUAUACUGGGCGACCAUGCUGCAGAGACGUGACACACAGAGAUAGAGAUGGAGCAGCCACAACGACAGCACAGAGGCUUUCGGGCACUGUUGCUGCAGCUGCAGCCCCUAGCUUGGUCAUCCACACUGUGAACCAUGGCCUGCCUCAAUCUGACUCUGAGGUUUCACGAGCCUCAGUAACCAUUAGGGGCCACAAUGGGGCCACCCCACCAUCAGCGUCGAGCUCCGCAGGUGUGCAGCAGCAAAAGGCUCAUGGCUGGACUGUUGCCACAGAUAGACAGAAUGGCUUGCCCACAGGCUGCGAAGCAGCACGUCGGAUCAAUGAGGUGGACUCCGCUCCACUGCCACAAGAAAAUGUGGAAGUGUGCUCAAGCCAGACUGUUCCUGAAAGGACGUUCAAGUCUGAGGUUGUGGAGCGCCGCUAUGGCCCUGGAGGCCCUGCGAUGACGGUAGUGACAACAGGUGCUUCCCCAGCAAAGGGUGGCAGGCAUGUAGGGUCUCUACAGGACACAGGGGGGGGCAAUGUGCCUGGCCGUGCCGCCAUGUUGCCACCAUCUUCGAGGGAUUAUGCAACGCUGAUGGCCCUCCUCACCAAGGGUCAAAAUGGUGAUCAAGGUGUGAUGUUUAACAUACGAGAUGGAACGAGAGAUGCAGUUUAA